GCAAAUAAAUGUUUUGGGAAAUAAUAAAACUAAGAAGAAAUUGCCCUAACCUUGAAGCAGCCCAAAGGCACCUCCUUGGAUAUUCACCACAUCCCCUUGAAAUGCAAACAUGGAGAUGGGUCUUUGGAGAUGGAGAAACUGAGAAGGAUGGAUCCUUUGGGAGAAGGAAAAGCUACAGAGGAUCUAAGAUUGAGAUAAGAAUAUGAAAGGACUAUCUGGCGGCCAAGCUUGGGACAGAGUGGCAUACAUAUUCUGACAGCCUUCGAGUGAGGAGUUCAUAGCACUGUUGGACUCAAAGAUGACUCUUCAGGACAAUAAGGAUCUUAUUUCCAAAGGAAUAAAGGAAUUUAAUAUUCUGCUGGAUCAGCAGGUGUUUCCUGACCCUCCAAUCCCUGAAGAAGCCAUGGCGACCAUAGUGGAUGACUGGGUCAACUUAUACAUUAACUACUACAAGCUGCAAAUGACCGGGGAGCAGCAGGAGCAGGACCAGGCUCUGCAGGAACUUCGGCAAGAGCUGACCACUCUGUCCGCUCCUUUCGUGGACAAAUACAAGGCCUUCCUGAAAUCCUUAUGAGCACCCAAGUCACUCAGCGCUUUCGUCUCACCCAGAGGUCCAGGCCUGUCUUGGAGCCUCUUUUAUUUUUGUUCUUUAAGUUCUCAGGCUGUGCCCCUGCAAGGUGCACGAGAUUCUGCCUUGAUACUUCAAUAAAGAUCACUACCAGUUUUGUUGA